AUGUCUCAUUCAGCGCAAUCCAUCAGCAGCGUUCUUGAAACAGAAUCCGACAUACAACCCAGACUUGAGCAACAAGCCGGGUUGGGAUCCAAUAUACUGUCUAACAUUGUCUCCAGGCGGCCCAUCAUGAGUACCGAGACGCGCAAAAAAUUCAUAAACUACCCUCUGCCGAUUCCUGGACCAACUAUUCCAUACGACAAUGGCAGAAAAAGCAACCCGCCUCUUCGAGGCUGGAUCUUGGUCUUAGCAGCAUGGGUUAUGGAAUGCGUGUGGUUCGUACGCGCUUUCAUCUGGAGCAACGCCGGCUUCGGAAGUAUCAGGAAAAUCCGCAAGCACAUCGAGAAUGCCGAGCCCCGUUACGAUCCAACUGUCCUGCCCUAUCCGACGGACGAGGCCAAAGACCCAGCCGUUCUCCAUCGCGAAAGCACCGUGAAGUCGAGGCCACACCCAUUCAAGUAUUACUCCGUCAACGACUAUCAUGAGAUGUAUCUGUCAGGCGCAAUCACGCCACUUGCCGUAGCUCGAGCCAUUCUGCCCUUGAUUCGCCGCGACACGAACCCACCGGGCGAGCAUUCGAUCGCGUGGUUCGAUACCAAAGUCGCUCAAGUUUUGGCGGCCGCUGAGGCAUCUACGAAGCGGUACAAAGAGGGGCGUUCAUUGGGACCUCUUGAUGGUGUGCCCACUGCCGUCAAGGACGAGUACGAGAUCGACGGAUACCGGACCUGCCUUGGCUCGAGGAACGAUUACACUACCGAGGCCGAGCCUGGCCAGUCGAUCACAAGUUGGUGCGUGAAAAAGCUGGAAGACGCAGGAGCCGUUGUUCUUGGGAAGCUGUCAAUGCAUGAAUUUGGACUCGACACAACCGGAAACAACCCAAUCUACGGGACACCUCGCAAUCCCUAUAACCGUGGUUACUACACGGGUGGAAGUUCUUCUGGGGCCGGAUACGCAGUUGCGACGGGCUUGGUCCCCGUGGCACUCGGCAGUGACGGUGGCGGCAGCAUUCGCAUCCCCUCGUCCAUGUGUGGUGUCUACGGCCUUAAGCCCACCCACGGCCGGGUCUCGUUCCACCCUUGCCCGAACCACAGCAACAGCUGCGCAGUCAAUGGACCCAUCGCCGCGGAUAUCGAGUCCCUCGCGACCUACUUUGAGACCAUUGGCGCCCCGCAUCCCGACUCCAACUUCAUCCAGGCGUCUCCAUUCAUGUGCUCUCCCAGCGAGAAGCGCGGCAAGAUCCUCGGCAUCCCUGAGGCGUGGUUCGCGCAGGCGGAUCCGGCCAUCCAGCGCCUAUGCCGGACCAUGAUUGCAAAGCUGGUCACGCACCAUGGAUACACCACCGUCCCGAUCGACAUCCCGUUCUUGGUCGAAGGCCAGUUCGCGCACGCCAUGACCGUCCUUACCGACGGCGCCGCCCUGCUUCCGGAGACCAAGAAUCUCACCCCCGCGAACCGUAUCCUGCUUGCUAUCGGCCGCGUCACGUCCGCCAUGGACUACCUCUUGGCCCAGAAGCUCCGCGGCCUGCUCAUGUCGCACCUCGCGCAUCUCUGGCGCGAGUACCCCGGCAUGAUCAUCGUCACCCCAACGACCGCCUGCGCGGGCUGGCCCAUCGUGAGCAAGGGCGAGCUGGCCCACGGCGUGAGUGACGGCGACCGCACUAUCCGGUCAAUGGAGUAUGUGUGGAUGGGCAACUUUUGUGGGCUCCCCGGCGUCACGGUCCCGGCGGGCUACGUCGUGCCGCACGACCAGGCCGGCGCCGGCGGCGAAGCCGGGCCCGAGACGCUGGGCAAAAUCCCCAUCGGGCUCAUGGGCAUGGGCGAGUGGACGGACGAGCACAGCCUCCUCGAGUUUGGGCUCGACGCCGAGGAGCUGUUCGCGAAGGAGCGGUGCCGGCCGCCCACCUGGGUCGACGUCAUCCAGCGGGCCAAGGAUGACAUGGUGAAGACCGGGGAGGACAGCUUGAUAGACAUUUAG